AAUAUAUUAAAGUGCCAAACGUGAUAAUUAAACAGAAAUACAAGUAACAAAACUAAACGCGUAACUGGUCAGCGUUGAAGGCUCUGUCUCCGUUACUAAUUUUUCUUUGUCCGAGGCGAAGUCUCAGAGAUAACGCGGUCCUCAAAAUCAUUGAUCGAGUCGGAAGCCAUGGACUCUAAUUCCCAAAAACCAGUUGCUGGUGGCUCUCCUCCUAAACCAUGGGAGCAAGCUGGGGGCUCGGCUGGUUCUGGACCCUUUAAGCCACCAUCAGCUGGCAGCACCAGUGAUGUGGUUGAGGCAGCCGGAACAGCAAGACCGGGUGAAAUUGUUUCAACUGCUGAUAGAACUACGGCUGUGAAUAGAAACGCUGUUGGUAGGCCUUUACCCAGCAGGCCUUGGGAGCAACAGAAUUAUGGGAGCACUUAUGGAGGUUAUGGUUCUGGUUUAAACUACAACUCAGGGUAUGGUUCGGGAAUGUAUGGUUCAUCAUAUGGUGGAUUAGGGUCUUAUGGUGGUGGAUUGUAUGGCAAUGGCAUGUAUAGAGGCGGUUAUGGUGGUCUAUAUGAGAACUCUGGAAUGUACGGUGGUGGCCUUGGUGGCUUUGGGGGUCCAAUGGGUGGUGGUUAUGGGAUGGGCAUGGGUCCAUAUGGUGAGCAAGAUCCAAAUAGUCCUUUUGGUGCUCCACCAUGCCCUCCAGGCUUUUGGAUUUCCUUCCUCCGUGUGAUGCAAGGUGCUGUUAACUUCUUUGGCCGGAUAGCUAUUCUGAUAGACCAGAAUACACAGGCAUUCCACAUGUUUAUGUCUGCUCUUCUUCAGCUUUUUGAUCGCACAGGAUUAUUGUAUGGAGAAUUAGCUAGAUUUGUGUUAAGGCUGCUGGGAAUCAAAACAAAACCCCGAAAGAUCAAUCAACAGGGACCUGGAGGACUCCCAGGACCCCAUAACCCUCAUAGGAAUCAAAACUAUAUUGAGGGGCCGAAGGCUGCUCCAAGUGGUGCAUGGGACAAUGUAUGGGGAGAAAAUGCUAGCACUUAGUUUGGUAUUUAUUUUCCAUCCAACAAUUCCAGGAAAAUUGUACCAGAAUUUGAAAAGGGCUUGUCGGAGCACGGAUAUACACUACUUGCCCCUGUUUGACUCCCUAUGCUUGAUGAGGAAUAGGUGGUGCUUAUCUGGAGAAUGCUUGCUGCCGAAGUUUUUCUGCAUGGUUUGAACGUACCAAGCACUCCCAUAGUGUUAAAAAAAUGAAACAUAAGAAUAGCCACUAAAUCUGCCUAUAGGUUUUUUGAUACCGAGGAAAGAAAAGUAUGAUGCUUGAAUCAACAAAGUAUCAUGUGAAGUCACAAUGAUUUAUUUUUCAAAAUGAAUCAGUGUUUACUGUUUA